AUGCUGUUCAGCAUCUGCACAUUCAGAUUGCGUCGUGACGUUUGUGCGGUGCGUUGCAGGAGCGGUAGCGGCGGCGGCGGCGGCGGCGGCGGCGGAGGCCCGGAGGCGGACGUGGGGGCGGGGUGGCGGUCGGGCGGCCGGCUGACGACGCGCCAGCUGCAGACGCUGGUGAGCGAGGCGAGCGCCAACGGCGCCGGCGCCGUCGAGUGCUGCCCGUCGCGCGUCGACAUGGUGGCGCCCGUCGGCGGCACCAACAAGGACGGCGACUACGUCGAGCUGUUCAACAGCGACGAGCACCAGCAGAGCUUCUUCGAGGUGUCGUGCGACGACAGCGUCGUCGACCGGCCGUGCAUGUUCGUCGACCACCGGCUGCAGAACCAGUCCAAGUGCGUGCAGAAGUACUCGUACUCGUACGCGCUGGUGCGCGAGCCCCAGCAGAGCGGCUGGCGGCUGGACUACGUGCGCGUGCGCAGCGGCUGCAGCUGCGAGAUCACGCCCCGCGCGCCGCCCCACGCCAACCCCCACCCCCACCCCCACCCCCGAGGCAAGGCGCGCCGGCGCGACAAGAGCAAGCGCAGGCAGCGCACGCCAGACUGA